AACGGCUCGCGUAACGGGUGGCUCCUUGCGUAUUUGGUCAUUUUCACGACUGUUGUGCAGGCUCUACCAGCUCUACUGCUACUGUGUUUUCUGCUACUGCCCGCUACUGCUUCUACCUACAUCUACUUCCAGUAGCGAUGGAGUAUGGAAGACAACCACAGUACAGCCUGGACGUAUUUCUUGGGACUGGAAUCGCGAAGGCCUUUACCGUUGCAUUGCUUUACACUUUGUUUAACCAACUCUCCUUUGCGAUGUGUGGAGUAGUGUUCUCAGCCAGUCAUUUGCAGUGAUCCAAUCACCUCAACAAUAUGUAAUGAGUAGCAUGUUAGUAUACAGAUUAAAGGGCACUUGUUCAUAGUACAGGCGUACAGUGAUCACAGGUACUUCGACCUUAUUCUGACUCCAAUCCAAAUAAAAAUUCAUACCUCACGCUUUGACAGACAACUAAAGAAAUCAGUUGCUACCGUAAAGAAGACAAGACCACUAGUCGAUACAUUGGCUCUAGCGACACCCCAUGUUCAUAAUAUUCAUCUCAUCAAGCCUCCUACUUCUCCUGUACUACUGCCUUGUGUGACAAUCAUAUAAUAUAAGCUAGCUUCCACUGCUUUACAAAGUACUGCGUGCAGCAACGUUAGUUAUAUUUCACAUUAGUUAUAGUUUGGAAAGAAUUAGACAGCCGCAGUCGUUGGCUGUGUGAGAACACACUAUGUUUAGUGCUUGCAUGCCCAGAAUUGUCGGAGCCAUUUUUAAUCUAAUUAAUAUGGAUGUGGUGUAAAUGCCGUUUUCUGUGCUCUUCUUAUGUGCAUUGUUUAGUGAUCACUAGGACAUGAUGAGAUUUUUCUAAGAAAUGGUACGUGUAUAUGCCACUUCUGAAGUAGCAUAUGGCAACAGGAGAAAGAUACCUUGUGUGCUGUGCAAGAUUGUUGCAAGUACGUUUAUGUAAUUGUAAGCUGGUAUAAGUCACUACUUCCUGGAUUUUACAGUACUGUUUCUCUCUGGUAACAAGGACAUUUUACAAAUAGAUGCACUGCUAAAUAUUAUACAAUCACUUGUAGCUUGUAGUUGGCAUUGGUGUUGCUCUGUUGAAAUCUAUUUGCAACUUUAGUUAAACUUUUCUGUACGUUAGGUUGCUUCGAAAGCCCUCGGCUUUUUUUUACACCAGUUCAGUGAGUUUGUUUUUCAAUUCCUGCUCUUCAGGCAAGGCUCCCUUGGAGUAUUGAGUGAUGAGCUUGAACGCAACAUUUUUCUAAGUGCUCUUCCUGUGUUGCAGUGUGACAUCUACGAAUGCCAGUGAAGGAUUCCUGCCAGCUGCAGACAAGUUCCUCCUUCUUAAUCUCGGACUCUGACACGUGUCUUAGACAUAGCUCCCACGUGGUCUACCACUGAUCAGUGACAUAUACUUACAGCUCAAGACUGUUAUUAUACUGAAAGAGUGAGCCUGUGGUUAUAUCAUAGCUGGGUCUGUGGCAGCCAGUUCUGUUGCACUCUGACAGGUUCUCGCACUUGCAAGCCACUUUAGAAUACAGACUCAAUGAGUGGAAAACGAGGUCACUAGCUUCAGAAGCUGCAGUGCGUGUUGCCAAAGGCGAUGUGAUGCCAUGUCAUUCUUAGAGGUUGGCAGAGCAAUUCAAAGCAUUAAUGCAGCUGCAGCAAACGGCUGGGCACAUUGUGCCAAUUCAAAAAUGCGUACCUGCUCUUUCUGCCCAUACACAACUACAAGUGCUACGGCUAUGAGGAUGCAAAAGCGGCAUGGCAUAGCACCGGCGCCUUUAGCGCGUAUAAAAGAAAAAGCAUCAGAAGCACAAGUUUUGGAAACAAGAUGUCAUGCCUAUGCAUCUCCACAUACAAUCAAGCUGCCGUACAGGUGCAAGACAGUGUCGUGUGAGACUGAAACUGCCUGAAAGGCAGGUACAUGGGUCAGCAUCGCAGUUUCCGCAAUGUCACCUCUGUGGCCUGUUAUACCUCGAGGUGCUACCUUUGAAGGCAUGCAGAUACCCUGGAAGCUGCAUGUGCCCCACUUCUGCAGAAAAACUGUUUCCAUGAUGAACGUGCACUUGCAGAGAAUGCGUGCUUCAGCACGUGUUGCAAGAGUACCUUAAUUGCGUGCCUUACUUUAAUCUGCACCCAUUGUUUCUUCGGUGGGAAGCUAAAAAAAUAAUGUCCCUCACCCAAUCAAUCAUGUCCAGCUUUAAUUGCUAGAAGAUACGAGUAAUGUUGUGUGUCUAGGUGGGGUACUGCCCAUUUUCUGUCUGCUAGCCACGAACUGUGAAAUCCUGUCAGUCAUGCUUGUAUCCUGUGACUGUAAGGCUGCUUUUGCAACUGCUUGAAAAGCGUUUUAUAUUACAAGGAGGAUUGAAAAACCAUUUUAUUUUUUUUUUGUAGCAAUAUAUUGCAACUUUUAAGAGUACUUUUUGGCUAUACACUCUUGCCAAGCUCUCAGUUCUGGAGUAUUUUAUGCCAUAUAGCUAGCUAGACUUUCCUUCAAAGCCACAUAUUACCUCCCUGUUGAUAAGCCUUUAUUAAUGGCUUUGAAGCAGUUGCAGCAUUAGUAUUAUGUUCAUAUGCUUUGGAUUCACUGGUAAUAGCAUGAUAUUUGUGAAAGGCUUGAGGGCCAUCACACGGCGAGUGAUUGUACAGCCUAAUGGUUUUUUUAUUUGGUGCAAUGAUCACUUCUGACAGUGUGACAAGUCAUGUGUUUGGUUUCCAAUCAUUGCAUUCUUGAUGACGUUGUUUUAGGUCAAACUAGCUGAGUCUGUCUAGGAGCAUGUAGUAAGCUUGUUGAUAACGCUUACCUGUUUCAUCUGUUGUGAUCAUUGUUUUGCUUAUCAAAUGAUGUCUGUGUACAUGAGCAAGAUGUUUCUUAUGUUGCUUUUUUUUAUGAAGCUGCAUCUUGCACUUCUUCCUCGUAUUUUCUUAGCCAUUUGUGAAGGAAAGAUGACUUUUAAGGGCUCAUUUUUCUUUGUUUUCUUUGUUUUAACCAAAUCCUGCCAGUUGUGUUACUUGGUAUACGGAGACUUGGCAUGUACCAUGUCCUCGCACUAACUAUGGAUUCGAAACGCUACGUUACCGUCUUCCAAGUGUGAUGAACAAAUGGAAACUAACAAUUGAUGAUCUGCGUAUAUUGUCUAAAACUGAAAUGUUAAAUCAGAUGUGCUGAUUGUGUUGUAAAUGAAUGUUGCGUGAUUUCUGAAAUGGUUAUUUAGUUUCAUUCUUUCAUACAUUGCUUUGUUAUGAAUAUUUUUGUAUGUAUUUCAGAGUUGUCAUUCUAUUAUUUGCUGUCAUGGGCCACAUGCGUGUUUCUUUUUGUAUUGUCGCUUUCCGCUGCCUGUAAUUUUUGUAAUUUUUGUAAUUUGUAAUUUGGAUUUUUUUCUGGGUGAAGGGGCCAGUCAAGCUGUGAAAUGCAGCUUUUUUCCCUUCGCACCAAACCACGUAUACAGUGUAUUUUCAUGUACUUGUCACGUGGUUGAAUAAACUCAAACUCAAAUAUUAAUAAGAACUAAGAGACAAUAAUGCCAAGGAAAGUAUAGGGGAUGUUAUUUUUAGUAAUUAGGAUAUAGAUGUGAAGAAAGUAAAGUGGACGAAAAGAUAACUUGCCGCCGGCAGGGACCGAACCUGCGACCGUUGAAGAGCCAUUUGUGGUGUGUUUGGCCCUGUACUAGUUUAUUUUAUCAUAUUUUACUUUUCUAACAGCAGUGCUGAUAAUGUAAAGAUGUACCUACUUUUAUUUCUCUGAACACACUUUGCUCUCAUUUAGAACUGUUAUAAUAUUGACUGAUUAACUCCAGAACAAAAUGUUUGUUAUUUGUCCUUGUGAAUAACUUCAGAGUGCAUGCUUUUAUUCCAGUAUUUUAGGUGGUCAUGGGCUUAAUGCAUCUUUAUUCAAUAGGAAUCGUCUCAUGCUAGGAAAUGUUCCAAAAUGUGUUUUUUUUUUUUGUGUUUUAAACAUAAUGUAGGGUAAAGAAACUGGAAAUAAUGGGGUUGGUUGAAGAGCACAGCCUUGGACUUCUGCCUUUACUAAAACAAGACCUCAUUGUUCUUGAAUCUGGCUCCCGGCAGCCUCCGAAGACAUCACUCAGUCGUAGCACUCCUCCAUCUGAAGAUCUGCGGGUCUGUUCGCACGACGACAACCCACUAGCCGGAUCGCUUGAAGCUUCUGAAGUGGGCGCCUUUGAAGAGCGUGGUGCAGCUGUCGAUGGAGCAACCUUGAAAGCUUCUGCAGCUAUGUUCCAGGGUGCAGCAGAUUCUGAAGACACAUGCCACCACGGAGGUUCGGAGGCCAUGAUUCCAUCUGUCUGCAUCGGUGCUGAAUCGUGCGCGGAAUCGCACGAGAAAGGAGCAAGUCUCUUCACUGAACGCGUCUACUCAUCUGGGGCGGGCAUCUUGCUAGAGAGGCAAGCAAAUUACGCCUGCCAGUUUUGCCCGUACAUGACAAAGUGGAAAGCCAGCAUGAUCCAUCACAGGCGGAUGCACAAGCGCAUCCUGCCACACAAGUGCGACAUAUGCGGACGCGGCUACCUACGGCAGUCGACAUUGCGGUACCACAUGCGCACACACACGGACGAGCAUCCAUACCAAUGCAGUUUAUGCCCAAGCACCUUCAGUUGCAGGAAGUCGCUGACUGAGCACAAGAGCACCCACACGGACGAGAGACCCUACCUCUGUAACGUGUGCGACCGAGCCUUCAAAACGCUGAAUGCACUGACGUCCCACAGGCGCACACACACAGUGCCCGACAAACUUCGUCAUCACAUGCGUGAAGUGAAACCGCAGCAGAUCCCCAAGACGUCACGCAGUUCCCACUUUCAUUCGUCUGGCAGCGUCUAUGUCUACUCCAAGCUUGAAAGGCAGAAUGCUCCGCCCAUAUCAGAAACGACCCCUGGCAAGAAUAACGUUGAGGGAUUACCACAGAAAGAGCAAGUCUAUGUACCAUUUGCUGAUGCUGCACACCAGGGUACAGUGACUAGCUCUGUGAAUGGUGCUGCGCUAACCACGGCUUUGAGUUCUUUCGGCGAGUUCAAGGUUGUUGGUGCAGAAGGGUCAGGACAGACUUAUGUUCUAGACACCGGCUUUGUACCGCUGCAUGCAGCCACUGUUUCAACAGCUGGUGCUGACUUAACCACAACUUUAUCAGACUUCACCGAAUACAACGUAGCUAGCACUAUGGGAGAAGCACACUCUUACGUGCUAGUUGCUGACUCGGUGCAAAAGGGUGCAGUGACAGAUAUAGGGACUGAUGCCCAAUCCACCAGUCGGAAUGUAGUUGGCAAUACAGGCACAGAGCAAGCAAACAUACUGGUAAGUGACGCUUUGCCGCAGAAUACCUCCGCUGGUUUAGCAGCCAGCGCUGUGUCGAUCACACCUUCAACGCUCUUGCUCAAGCGCAAUACGGGCAGUGCUAUCGGAGAAGAGCAAGCGCAUGUAUUUCUAGAUGAGCCCACACCUUGGAGUGCUUCGUCAACUGGUGUCGAACCAGCAGAAGGCUGUUUGACAAUUGCAAAGUCCUCAGUCGAAGCUACAAGUGUCGGAUCACUCGCAUCCUCGACUGCCGAUGAUGAUGAUAAUGAAUUGAAUGCUACGGAAGUGGAGAAAGCACUCGCAGCAGUCAUCAAAUGUGCGUCUGAACCUUCGAGGACCGUUUCGGUGACCGGUGACAAGUCUUCGAGGGCCGCAGAGGCGCGGCAAGGCAACAGUGCUUACUACGUCACGGUGUCAAGCCUCGGGCCCAUGAACAUAGCCGAGGAGCACUCGUACAGUUCCCGGCAGGGCAUCUUGGCUGUCAAGCAGCCAGAGUACGCCUGCCCGUUGUGUCCGUUCAAGACACGGCACCGUAGCGCCUUCAGGCCCCACCAGUUGUUGCACACGGGCGGGAAGCCGCACCAGUGUGAGGUGUGUGGCCAGACCUUCCGGCUGUCCUACACGCUGCGGCAACACAUGCGUACGCACACGGGUGAACGGCCGUACCGCUGCGAAGUGUGUGACCGCAGGUUCAGCGUGAACAACUGUUUGCGGGUCCACAUGCGCGCACACACCGGCGAGCGACCAUAUCAGUGCAAGUUGUGCGACAAGGCAUUCGUGGCGCUCCACGGACUCAAAAACCAUUUGUCCUCGCACUCCACAGAGAAACCAUUCCACUGUGACGGCUGUGCGAAGUCGUUUCCCUACGCGGCCGCGUUGAAGUACCACAAGGCCCAUCACUGCCACCGUCAGUCGACUGGAGUUGGCACCAGCACCUGCCGUGGCAGUGGAAAAUAUCCAGAUGCUAUUAACAUUGUCGAACGAGACCAUGACAAAGGCUCUCAAGGGUCAAGUAUUGAUGACAAGAUCGUGCAACAACCUUCAAAAGAGUUUUAAAAGUAACAUAUACUGCGCACACAAUUGGGUUCUAAGCAUGUUUUCCUGCACUUAAGUUUUGCCAGAAAAUACCUUGUUUAUUAUUGAGUUACACGGUGACUUAGCUUGAAAACCAUUUCUGCUUCCCAAAUGGGCCUGGUGAGUGUGCUCAGUAUUUCAGAGCGUUUGAGUUGUUUUUUCAUGUUUAUUUUUUGACAGCCUUUUUCUGCCUUGUAUGCAAUAAACGUUCAAGUGAAUGAACACAUGUUAGUAGCGUUUUUUAUUUUUGCAUAUGGCCCAGGCACCGCACCCCACAUUAAAACGAUAAGGUUAAUUGUUUUGAUAAUUCAGAGAUACCUG